AUGCAAUCAUCCCCAACAGCAGUUGCCUCAUCAUCGAGUCAACAGCCUCAUGCAGUAACUGCUGCGAUCAGUCGGAGGCAAUCUCUGAGAAGACAAUCCAUUCAUCUCAGUAGUGGAAAUACUUCGGGAUUGUUUGCAGCAUUGAAAGAGAGUGCAAAUUCAGUGGCACCUUCGUAUUCGCAACUGCAAAGGAAAGUCAUUAAAGAAUGGUUGGAAUCAGAGACGUUGAGUGAUACAGAGAAGGAUUUGUGGGAAUUGUUGAAGGAUGGAGUGGUGUUAGUGAGAUUAAUUUGUUUGGUAAAGAAUUUACGAGCUGGAGAUUACAUGGCACAGAUAUCCCUCGAACCACAAGGAGAUGCUUCUCUCAUUCACAAUAAUAUUUCCUUCUUUUUAGAAGAAUGUAAAUCCUUAUCGAACGAAAUUCCAACCAACUGGACACCUGCCACUCUUGUAAAUAAUUUGGACAUUCAUGCCAUUUGUCACACCAUUGAAAAAUUAUCUAAAUUUUGCGAAAAGUCUCAAACUAGUGGACUCGAUACAUUUUUAAAGAUACCAGAGAUUGAAACCAAAGAAAGACGAGUUCAACGAACGUCCUCCGUGAUUGAAGAGUUGAAACAAGUGAGUGUUAGUUUUGUAUUGAAUAGAAUUUUGCUCGAGUUAGAGAGCUCGGAUCCACAAUAUUUGGCAACAUUGGCCACUCUGUUAAAAAUGAAAGAUGAACAUUGGUGUCAAGAAUUUGUUCAGAAAGGAGGCGUAAAACUCAUUUCAAAAGUCAUUGAAAAGUUGAAUCAUGUAUACAAGACACAGAAAGAAAAAGUUGUACAGGGAAAUUAUAUUUAUUGUUUACUCAUUUUGCUUGAGAAGGAAUUCUAUGCUCCAUUUCUAGAGUAUCCAUCUCCAAUUACAAUUUUGACGAAUAUUUUGACCAAGAAGGAAUCAUUGGUGACGAGGAAAUACAUUUUGGAUAUUUUCAUAUUGUUGUGUAAUCAUAGCGAAGAAGGUUUUUGGAUUGUAUUUGAUGCCUUUGUGAUCGAGUGUACAAGAUUAGCUCAAUUGAGUACUCCGAAUACCAAUACUCGAAACUCACAGUCUUCGUUGAUAAGUGACACUGGUUCUUCAAAUAACUCUCUCUCCAUGAACCCAUUCUCUUCAUUGGUGACAUCCUUUGCUUCCCAACGAGAUGGACAAUAUCGAGCAAAGGUCUUGACUCUCUUUACCUCACUCAUGACUUGUCCAUUAGAUUCAUUUGUGAGAAUUCGAAUAAGAUCUCUUUUUUCCGAGUUGGAUCUCGAUGGUGUCAUUACAUCCAUUGAAAAUAGUGACUCGAUCAAGACACCCUUAGAGAAUAUUUUGAAAGAGAAAAUUAAGGAACAUCGAGAAGUCAUGAAAAGGGAAGAACAACAAUCACAGGCAGCAAGUGCAUUAAUGAUUUAUUCAGAUCCAGUGCUCAUGUUAAAAUUACUCUAUUUAGACAUGGGAAUGAAACAAAAUGGUGGCAUUGGAUAUUUAUUAGAGGCCAUGAAAAGGAAAGGUCAUCAUUCUGGAGGUAGUAGUAGUAGUCGACUCAGUCCUUCGGCGUCGUCAUCUGCUUCUCCUACCUCGGUGACAUCUCCUCGAUCAGUUCUCUCGUCGCCCUCUUCGACAGGAGCUGAAGAAGCAGAAUUGAAAAUGUUACGAAAUUUGGCUCGAGUUCAAAAACAACGAAUAGACAAGUUGAAGGAACAAGUACGAGCUGCCGAGACCAUGACACAACAAAAGUUUGUACUGACUCCACAAGAUGCGAAUAAUAUUUCGGAUCGAAUUAUUUUACAGGAUAUCAAAUUUCAGCUCACACAAUCCUUGAAGGUGCUAAAAGAUCGAGAGAAGGAUCUGUCAUCGAAUGUGAAUAUUCAACAACAACAAUAA